AUGGUGGUAUGGGUAGGUCUGCCGAGCGAGGGGGAGAUCAAGGCGGCUGCUGCUAGCGAUGAUGACGAGGCUCUUACUGCUCGCCUGAUCGCCGCAAGGCUCCUUCCUGCUUCGUCUGCCGCUUUCACAGCAGGAGCGCGACAAGCCAUCAUCCAUCAAGCACAGAAACUUGCAGCUUCAGGACCCCCUUUGGACCCCCUCAGGCCCCGUCCUUCGCCCUCGGUUCUCCCUCCCUCCUUAAUUUUCACCGCAACUGCUCGUCUCGCCUCCUCUCAACUGCCUGUGCCUGACACGACUUCUUUAAACUCCCUCCUCCUCCUGGCGCUACGCACCACCCACGCGGGCCUUUCUGCCCAGGGCCUUUCUCCCCAGGUUCUAUCGUCCAGCUAUAUGAAGCAUUUCACUGGGGACCUUCCUGUGCAAUCUUCCAGCCAUGCAAACCUUUUUUUCAGGAACCUUCCUGUGCAGUCGUCCAGCCAUACGGACGUUUUUACCAGGAAUCAUCCUGUGCAAUCUUCCGGCCAUUCAGGCCCUUUUACCAGGAACGUACCUGUGCAAUCCAACAGCCGUGCGGACCUUUUUUCCAGGAACCUACCUGUGCAAUCUUCUGGUCAGGCAGGCCGUUCUGCCAGAGGCAUUCCUGUGCAACCUUCCAGCCGUACCAGCCUUUGUACCAGGAAACUUCCUGUGGAAUCUUCCGGCCAUACGAACCUCGUUUCGAGUAACAUGCGACCUUUGAGCUAUAUGGACCUCCUUCACGGGAAUUCCCCUCUGCAGUUAUCCUUAUCGGACCUCUCAGGCUUUACCCCACCCAUCCUUGUGACACCAUCCAACUGUGUGGAUCCAGAUAUCAGCUGCUUUUCUCCUGAAUACGAACUCCAGAAGCUACAGGCAGCAGGGCCCAGAUUGCCAUCCACGUAUGAGUGCAAGAAGUGUGGGAGAACGUUUCCCCUGCCUCAGUCUGUGGGCGGACACAUGUCCAAACAUAAGAGAGAGGAGAGGCUAAAGAAAAUCAACAAGAGGAAGGCGGAGGCACAUGCUCGAAAGGCCGCAGAAAGCUUAUGUGGGCUGCAGAAAACAUCAUUGUCUCCGGAAUUUUCCGGCGGCGCUGAAUAUCCACCAGAUGCUCUUAGCCUGCGAAAGAAAAGGAGUGCAGUAGCAACAGUAAACCCAGUUGCGAUUUCCCUGAAGGGAGAUCAGCACCAGCAGCCUUGUCUUGACGCAGCCACUCAGUCUCUGCAGCAGCUGCUGCUUGAUCAGCAGAUACUUCAACAUCAGCUCAUCAUGCUGCCACCAGAUUGUGUGCUGGUGCCUCCUGCAUCACCCCUGGCGGAUCCUUCGUCAAAGCAGCAUGAGAAUCAGUUUUGUUUCGUAUCUGCCCCGCAUCAGCAGCAGCAAGAGAGCAAGAUACGUUCUGGAGCAACGCUGGUGAUGGUGCCUCCUGCAUCGCCCCUUGUGGGUCUUAAAGCUCAGCAUUAUGAGGAUGAGGUUCAUCUUAAUCCAGUCCCAUACCAGCAGCACGAGGCGACUGAUGCAUAUUGCGUUCUUGCACCAGGUGGGGUACCAAGGUUUGUUGGGGUGAAGAGGAUCGCGCCCGAAAGGAUUUUGCCGUCAGCCGUGCAGUAUCAGGACAAGUGCAGUCAUGGGACUAUGCCAAACACUCUAAGCGGCUCACGUAGGCUGGACCUAGACCUGAAUUCCACUCCUGCAGUUUAUGACGAGCCAUAA